AAUUUUUUAUAACAUCAGAGACAAUUUGGUUUAGCUAUUGUCUAGAGAGUAUGAAUUCUAAAGAGUUUUUAAAAUUUUGGAGAUAUAUUGAAAACUCAUUAAAUAUGUAUAAUUCUAACCCUUCUGUUGAAAAAGCCGCCUCGGAAUUCUUCAACAUUUUUACGCCUAUAUAUCAACAAAUCGAUUCGCUCUUCGUCUCCAACCUUAAACUUUGGAUGGAAGAACAGAAAAUUGGCGAUAUAAUAAAACCCAAAAAUAGUGUUAACUCGUCGUCGCUUAACGAUACGCUAGCUUUCAAGGUCCCUUUCUAUUCCUCGGUCUACAGGUUAGUAGCCAAAAAAAAAUUGGGAUUAAGCCAUGGCCAAGCCAUGGUGACGUUUAAAUGGCUCAAGACCUUUAUGACCCACACCUUUCAGCAUUUGUUGGAUGUUAGUCGCUCCUACUACAAAAAUUUUAUGAUCGCACUUAUAAACAAGGAUAAACGAUUCGAAAGAAUGCACACCUUCGCGAAAAAUGUUCUCGAAAAGGAAUGUCGGAUCAAGGUGAGCUCGCCCGUUUCUCCCAAAUCGAAAGACAGCAGGUACAUUAAAUCCGAGGAAAUCGACAGGUUAUCCAAAUAUUUUCCUCCCUGCAUGGAAUACUUGCACCUCAAAUUAAGGUUCAUUCAUCGUUUGGAUCAUCAUAGCAGAAUCAGAUAUUCCUUAUUCCUCAAAAGUGCUGGGCUCCCUUUUAGUGAAGCCUUAGACUUCUGGAGGAAUGAAUAUUCCAAGACUAGACAGAGCUCGGCUUCUCACUCGUGCCAUUGCAAUCAUACUUGGACUUCUUCGUCGGAAUACGAUUCCAAAAAUGAUGAUAAAAGGUACACCUAUAAUUUGAGGCACCUAUACGGAAUGGAAGGUUCUCGCAAAAACUAUUCCUGUCAUUCGUGUACCCAGAUCCAAUCUAAUCUAAUAAAAGAUGGCGAAAUGGUAGGCUGUCCGUUCGCCCACUUCCCCGAAAAAAAUCUGCAAAAUUUUUUGACGAAAAGGAUACCUGCCGCGAUAGAAUUCAAAUAUUCUGGCCAGAAUUCUUCAUCCUCAGAACCUGGGUACCUUACUAAGGGUCGAAGCGAGUUGAUAGAAAAUAUCUUAAACAAUAAAAAGGAUAAAAGGUAUAAUAAAUGUUGCGACGAAUUCUUAAAAAUUAGGCGAUCAAUAGCUUUUUCCCGCCAGAACGUUUUCUUAUUUGGCACGGAGGCCACGAGUGACCUGGUAGUAAUGAAGCCGACGGAUUAUUUUGCAGCUAUGACCGCUCCCUCAAAUUAAUAAUUAAAAUUAGGGAUCAAAACUGGAAGCAUAUUUCUUGAAUAUUACUUUAUUAUGUUUAUAUAGAGAAAAUAAAUUAUAUGAUGACAAAUACAUUGUCGCGCCCUUUCCUGAAUUGUUAAAGCCUUUUUGGGGCUAAAUGGACCAUCAUAUGUUUUUAAAAUUAUUCCAGUAUUAUAAAACAUAUUUUAUUUUAUUUUUUAAAUUUAUAAAACCUGACACAUACUUUAUUAAGCUUUUCUGUAUUUACUAUCUAUUCCAUGUUCGACAUUUUUUAAAAAAAAUAUAUAAUAGUCACCUUUUGGACAAGAUAUACAUUGUAUA